GAGGAAAGCUGUCAGCCCAUGUGGCGUGGCCACUGGAGGUGGUGGCUGUUUAAAUAGGCGCUGGGAGCUAGAGGGAGACAGUGAGAAAGGGACUGUGAGCGCGCGCACACGGCAGGGGCAGCCUCAGUGCGCAUCAAGCACCGAGAACGAAGGGAGGAAGGGAAGAGGCAGCCCAAAGACUUUGCGUGCCCGGCAGGAGCAACGACAGGGGGACCGCGCGCCUCCCUCGUCAGCCACUUUUAAGCGACUGCCGCAUCCGUUCUCCCCAGCACGGACCUCGCGGGGCCAGCCUGCCGCCCAGCACAGCCGAACUCAGGGACCUGAGCAGAGACGAGUUGAAAGAUGGAGGACGUGGUAAUCGCAGGCAUAGCGGGGAGGCUGCCGGAAUCCGAAAACCUGCAGGAGUUUUGGGAAAACUUGAUCAAUGGAGUGGACAUGGUGACAGAAGAUGACCGGAGAUGGAAACCAGGAAUUUAUGGACUGCCCAGGAGAAAUGGGAAACUCAAAGACAUCAGCAAAUUUGAUGCUUCUUUCUUUGGAGUUCAUCCAAAGCAAGCUCACACGAUGGAUCCUCAACUCCGCCUGCUCUUGGAAGUCUCUUAUGAAGCCAUUUUGGAUGGCGGUAUUAAUCCAACUACCAUUCGGGGCACCGACACAGGCGUGUGGAUUGGUGUGAGUGGGUCAGAAGCUGGUGAAGCCUUUAGCGCAGAUCCUGAACAGUUGCUGGGAUACAGUAUGACUGGCUGUCAACGUGCUAUGUUUGCCAACAGGAUUUCCUACUUCUUUGAUUUCAAUGGACCAAGUAUUUCUAUUGACACAGCAUGCUCCUCUUCCCUCGUUGCUCUGGACAACGCUUACAAAGCAAUCAGUAGUGGGCAGUGUGACUCAGCCCUUGUAGGUGGAGUCACCCUCAUCUUGAAACCCAACACUUCUGUGCAGUUCAUGAAGCUUGGCAUGCUCAGUCCAGAAGGGGCAUGCAAGUCCUUCGAUGCUUCAGGGAAUGGAUAUUGUCGCUCAGAAGCCGUCGUAGUUGUUUUCCUGACCAAGAAGUCAAUGGCCAAACGGAUUUAUGCUACCAUAGUCAAUUCUGGCUGUAACACUGAUGGAUUUAAGGAGCAAGGUGUAACAUUCCCCUCUGGAUUGAUGCAGCAAAAGUUGGUCAGUUCUCUAUACAAAGAUGCUGGGAUUAAGUCUGAAGAAGUGGAAUAUAUAGAAGCUCAUGGUACAGGCACAAAGGUUGGAGAUCCUCAGGAAGUGAAUGGCAUUGCCAAUGUCUUUUGCCAAUCGGAUCGACCGCCACUGUUGAUCGGAUCAACAAAAUCUAACAUGGGCCAUCCAGAGCCUGCCUCUGGCCUCGCAGCUUUGGCAAAGGUACUUCUCUCUUUAGAACAUGGUCUUUGGGCACCAAACCUUCACUACAAUACUCCCAAUCCAGAUAUUCCUGCCUUACAAGAUGGUCGCAUAGAAGUCGUUACUAAGCCAACCCCCACAAAAGGACACUUUGUUGGUCUCAAUUCCUUUGGCUUCGGAGGCUCAAAUGUCCAUAUCAUCCUGAGGCCCAACGAGAAGAAAUCUGCCCCACAGGAGACUCAAAAUUUGCCACGACUGGUACAGUUUUGUGGAAGGACUCAAGAAGCAGUAGAAACGUUAAUAGAACAGUGCCGAAAUCGGCAGGAGCACGCCACAUUUGUGAGCAUGCUCAAUGAUAUCUCUGGGAUACCUGUGUCCUCCAUGCCAUAUAGGGGCUAUACCUUGAUUGGCUGUGAGAGUGAUGUGAAGGAGGUUCAGAAUGCUCAGUCGUCAGGGAGGCCCCUGUGGUACAUCUGCUCAGGCAUGGGGACCCAGUGGAAAGGCAUGGGCCUGAGCCUGAUGAAGCUUGAAGCCUUCCAUCAGUCCAUCUUGCGUUCAGAUGAAGCUCUGAAAGACACAGGGCUGAAGGUGUCCGAUCUGCUCCUGAAUGCGGACGAAAACACAUUUAAUGACACUGUUAAUUCAUUUGUUGGACUUGCUGCUAUUCAGAUUGCACAGAUCGAUAUUUUAAAAAUGUUGGGUUUGCAGCCGGAUGGGAUUGUUGGUCACUCUGUUGGAGAGCUAGCCUGUGGCUAUGCAGAUAACUCCCUAAGUCACGAAGAGGCCAUUCUCGCUGCCUAUUGGAGAGGGCGGUGCAUCAAAGAAGCCAAACUGCCGCCAGGAGGCAUGGCUGCUGUCGGUCUGACAUGGGAGGAGUGUAAGCGAAAGUGCCCUCCUGGAGUGGUGCCUGCCUGUCACAACUCCGAAGACACUGUCACAAUUUCUGGGCCUCAGGAUUCUGUGUCCAAAUUUGUCUCCAAACUGAAAGUGGAAGGUAUUUUUGCUAAAGAGGUGCUCAGCGCUGGAGUUGCUUUCCACUCCUAUUAUAUGGAAUCUAUCGCGCCUGUGCUGCUAAGUGCCCUGCAGAAGGUUAUUCCAAAUCCAAAGCCUCGUACCUCCCGUUGGGUCAGCACCUCUAUCCCUGAGUCUCACUGGCAAAGUCAGCUGGCUCAGAACUCCUCUGCUGAGUACCAUGUGAACAACCUUGUGAGCCCAGUCUUGUUCCAGGAGGGCCUGAGGCAUAUUCCGGAAAAUGCUGUUGUCGUGGAGAUUGCUCCUCAUGCCCUUCUACAGGCAAUCCUGAGGAGAGCUUUGAAGCCAACCUGCACUAUUUUACCCUUGAUGAAGAGAGAUCACAAAAACAACCUGGAGUUCUUCCUGACACAUAUUGGAAAAAUCCACUUGACGGGAAUAAAUGUCCUUGCAAACGAUCUGUAUCCAUCUGUUGAAUAUCCUGCCCCUGUGGGAACGCCGCUCAUCUCUCCUUACAUUCUGUGGGACCACAGUCAAAUGUGGGAUAUCCCCAAAGCCGAAGACUUCAUAAUGGGCUCUGGCGGUUCUGGAGCAGCAACUGUCUACAACAUUGAUGUGAAUCCUGAAUCCCCUGAUUAUUAUUUGAUGGGUCACUGUAUCGAUGGCAGAGUUCUCUACCCAGCCACUGGCUACCUGGUCUUAGCCUGGCGUACUCUGGCACGCUCUCUGGGAACUUCCAUGGAAGAAUUGCCUAUCACGUUUGAAGAUGUUACAAUCCAUCAGGCAACAAUACUUCCUAAGAAAGGCUCAACCCAGCUGGAGGUGAGACUCAUGCCAGCUUCCCAGCGUUUUGAAGUGUCUGGGAAUGGAAAUCUGGCUGUAAGUGGAAAAAUUUGCCUUUUGGAAGAAACAGCUCUAAAUAAUUUCCGAAACCAACAAAUGGACUCGGGGACGCAGCCAAAUGCUAGCUCAGAAAUCUGCUUAUCAAAAGGGGACAUUUACAAAGAGCUUCGCCUGCGUGGUUAUGACUAUGGGCCAACAUUCCAGGGACUCAUGGAAUCCAGUAACAAUGGGAAUACUGGGAAGGUGUUAUGGAAUGGGAAUUGGGUGACGUUCCUUGACACCCUGCUACAUUUGAUCAUCUUGGGGGAAAUGGGAAGAAGUCUGCGCUUGCCGACCAGAAUCCGCUCAGUGUGCAUUGAUCCAAAGCUACACCAAGAGCGUGUGCAAAAAUCCAGUGAUGAGGUUGAAGUUUUUGAUGCUGUUGUGGACCGUUGCCUUGAUACCAUCACAGCAGGAGCUGUUCAGAUCUCUGGCCUUCACGCGAGCGCGGCCCCUCGGCGACAGCAGGAACAGACCCCUCCCACACUUGAGAAAUUUUGUUUUGUGCCCUAUGUGGAGAGCGGCUGUUUGUCUUCCAAUGCCCAGCUUCAGUCCAGCUUUGAACAUUGCAAAGGGUUGAUCCAGAACUUACAGAAGAAGAUAGCAAAGCAUGGAGUCAAGUUGGCUAUUCCAGGACUAGAAUCUACAAAGUCCCCUGCACAGACAGAUCCUGGCCAGAAGGGUCUUCUGCACAUCCUUGCUGAAAUCUGCCGCCUGGAACUAAAUGGAAAUCUCUAUUCAGAGCUGGAACAGGUUGUGACACGGGAGAAGCUGCAUCUUCAAGAGGAUCCUCUUCUUAAUGGCUUGCUGGAUUUUGCUGAGCUGAAGACCUGUGUGGACGUAGCACUGGAGAACAUCACGAGUCGCAAGAUGAAGAUAGUGGAGGCUCUGGCAGGAGAUGGGCACUUAUUCUCACGGGUUACAGGCAUCUUAAACACUCAGCCCAUGCUACAACUGGACUACACUGCAACUGACCGGACACCAGAAAUCCUGGCAUCACAUGAGAGCCAUUUGCAGGAAAUUGGGAUUACCAUUGAACAGUGGGACCCAGCUAGCCCUCCUUCUGGAAGCCUGACAAAUGCCGAUCUCCUGGUGUGCAACUGUUCACUGAACACUUUCAGGAAUCAGGCAGAGGUGCUCUCCAAUAUGGCAGCCACAGUGAAGGAAGGUGGCUUUAUCUUACUGCACACUCUUCUGAAAGGAGAAACUCUGGGAGAAAUAGUUGGUUUCCUCACAUCUCCAGAGCUUCAGGAGAAACCGGGUCUCCUGACUCAGGUAGAAUGGGAGGACCUGUUUAGCAAGGCCAGUUUGAACUUGGUAGCUGUGAAAAGAUCCUCCUUUGGCGCAGCCAUCUUCUUAUGCCGUCGGCCUGUUCCUCCCAAGAAGCCUAUUUUCCUGUCUGUGGAUGAAACUCAUUACAGAUGGGUGGAACCUUUGAAGGAAAUGCUAGCAGAACCAUCUGAAGAAUCUGUAUGGCUCACUGCGACCAGCUGCGCUACGUCAGGAGUUGUUGGUAUGGUGAACUGUCUACGUCAAGAAUCUGGUGGCCACAGGAUCAGGUGCCUUUUUGUUUCCAACUUGAAUGCGUCUUCUCCCAGGCCCGCCACCAGCCCUUCUGCCAAGGAGAUGCAGGCAGUUCUACAGAAGGAUCUGGUGAUGAAUGUUUAUCGUGAUGGAAAGUGGGGAUCUUUCAGACACCUCCAGCUAAAACAAGCUCAAUCUCAAGAGUUGACGGAAUACGCAUUUGUGAAUGUAUUGACACGUGGAGAUCUUUCCUCUCUUCGCUGGAUUGCCUCCCCACUUCGCCAUUUCUACACAACCAACCCCAACGUCCAGCUUUGCAAGGUCCAUUAUGCCUCUCUCAAUUUCCGUGACGUUAUGCUGGCUACAGGAAAACUCUCCCCAGAUGCCAUCCCAGGGAAUUGGACAUUGCAGCAAUGCAUGUUGGGAAUGGAAUUCUCAGGAACUGACCCAACAGGAAAACGAGUGAUGGGCUUGCUACCAGCCAAAGGACUAGCUACCGUGGUAGACUCUGAAAAGAAGUUCCUCUGGGAAGUGCCACAAAACUGGACUCUAGAAGAAGCAGCCUCUGUUCCUGUGGUCUAUGCCACUGCUUACUAUUCCUUGGUGGUUCGAGGCGGCAUGAGAAAGGGCGAGUCUGUGCUCAUUCAUUCAGGUUCAGGUGGAGUGGGCCAAGCAGCUAUUGCGAUUGCCCUCAGCAUGGGCUGCCGUGUAUUUACAACUGUAGGCUCUCAAGAGAAACGUGAAUAUCUCCAAAAAAGAUUCCCCCAACUUGAGGCAAACAGCUUUGCUAGUUCAAGAAAUACAUCCUUUGAGCAACAUGUCCUAAAAGUCACCAAUGGGAGAGGUGUCGACUUGGUGUUAAACUCCUUGUCAGAAGAGAAGCUCCAAUCCAGUCUGCGUUGCCUUGCUCGACAUGGACGCUUCUUGGAAAUAGGCAAAUAUGACUUGUCCAACAACACGGCCCUUGGAAUGGCUCUUUUCCUGAAGAAUGUGGCUUUUCAUGGGAUCCUGCUAGAUGCCAUUUUCGAAGAGGGAAACCAAGAGUGGGAGGUAGUGUCAGACUUGCUAAUGAAGGGCAUAAAAGAUGGUGUGGUUAAACCUCUACGGACUACUGUGUUCAACAGAGAUGAGGUAGAAGCUGCCUUCAGAUAUAUGGCACAAGGAAAACACAUCGGAAAAGUUGUGAUCAAGGUCCAUGAAGAAGAAAAGACAUGUCCCACAAAGGAAGCUAAGCGAACACAACUCCCUGCCAUCUCCCGAACAUCUUGCCCACCAAAUAAGUCCUAUAUUAUCACCGGAGGCCUUGGGGGAUUUGGGCUGGAAUUGGCUCAGUGGCUGGUUGAAAGAGGAGCAAAGAGGCUUGUGCUGACAUCUCGUUCUGGCAUCCGAACCGGUUACCAGGCUAAACGAGUCCAAGAAUGGAAACAGCUUGGAGUCCAAGUUCUUGUGUCAACCAGUGACGUUGGGACUCUUGAGGGGGCACAGCACUUAAUACAAGAAGCUUCUCAGCUUGGGCCCAUUGGGGGCAUCUUCAACUUGGCCAUGGUCUUGAAAGAUGCUAUGCUGGAAAAUCAGACCCCAGAACUUUUCCAUGAAGUCAACAAGCCCAAGUAUACAGGCACACUUAAUCUGGACCAAGUAACCCGUCAAAAGUGCCCGGAACUGGACCAUUUUGUCGUUUUCUCUUCAGUAAGCUGCGGGAGAGGAAACGCUGGGCAGAGUAACUAUGGUUUCGCCAACUCUACCAUGGAGCGCAUCUGUGAACAGCGACAGCAUGAUGGGCUUCCAGGCCUAGCUGUACAAUGGGGUGCCAUUGGCGAUGUGGGUGUCGUCUUGGAGACAAUGGGCAGUAAUGAUACUGUGGUUGGGGGAACUCUACCCCAGAGGAUCAGCUCGUGCUUGGAGGUUCUGGACCACUUCCUCAACCAGCCUCACCCAGUCAUGUCCAGUUUUGUCCUGGCAGAAAAAGUGUUGACAAAAAGCGAUGGAGGUAGCCAGAGGGAUCUUGUGGAAGCUGUUGCUCACAUUCUUGGUGUUCGUGAUGUAAACAGCCUGAAUGCUGACACCUCCCUGGCUGAUCUGGGUUUGGAUUCCUUGAUGGGGGUUGAAGUACGCCAAACCCUGGAGAGGGACUACGAUAUUGUCAUGUCGAUGAGAGAUGUUAGAUUGCUUACCAUUAACAAACUACGGGAAUUUUCAUCCAAAUCUGGAGCCACAGAUACGUUAAUCCAGGAGACAAAAGCGGGUCAGGCUGAACUACCCAGGGUGAACGUGAAUAGCCUGUUGGUCAAUCCGGAUGGACCAACGGUGAUGCAGCUUAAUGAGGUGAAGACCGCCGAGCCUCCUAUCUUCCUCAUCCACCCUAUUGAGGGAUCCGUCACUGUCUUCAACACCCUUGCGUCUAAGCUCCGUAUUCCAAGCUAUGGACUUCAGUGCACCAAAGCUGCUCCCUUGGACAGUAUACAGAACCUGGCAUCCUAUUACAUCCAUUGCAUAAAACAGGUGCAGCCAGAAGGCCCAUAUCGGAUUUCUGGAUACUCCUUUGGUGCCUGUGUAGCCUUCGAAAUAUGUUGUCAACUCCAAGCUCAACAGAAUCCCUCCCAUUUACCCAACAGCCUCUUCCUGUUGGAUGGUUCUCCCUCCUACGUAGCAGCACACACACAGAGCUACAGAGCCAAGCUAACGCCAGGAAGUGAGGCUGAAGCAGAGACUGAAGCAUUGUGUGCCUUUGUUCAGCAGUUCACUGACGUGGAAUACAAUAAGUUGCUGGAGAUUCUUCUGCCUCACCCAGAUUUGGAAGCUCGUGUGAGUGCUGCUGUGGACCUGAUCUCUCAGAAUCACAAAGAUGUCAGCCAUGAAGUACUCCGCUUUGCUGCUGCUUCCUUUUACUACAAACUGAAGGCAGGAGACAAGUAUCUACCAGAGUGCAAGUAUCACGGCAAUGUGAUGCUACUGAAAGCAAAGACCCACAACGAGUAUGGAGAAGGCCUUGGAGGAGACUACAAGCUUUCAGAGGUCUGCGAUGGGAAAGUUUUCAUCCAUGAUGUUGAAGGGGACCAUCGCACCUUCCUGGAGGGAGAUGGCGUCGAAUCAGUUAUUGGGAUCAUUCACAGCUCACUAGCAGAACCUCGGGACAGUGUUCGAGAGGGCUAGAUACUUCAGACACUCUGCUGGCAUUGCUAGAGAGAAAUCAAAGCUACCCUUAUGACAACCCCAAGGAACUCUUCCUGUACUCCAUCAUAUUAUCUGCUCUGCAGCCAAGUCUAGGAAGUCCUAUUGACCAGCGUGUCUGUCUAUCUGUCUGUCUGUCUCUCUCUCCCCCCAUCCCCGUACAGUGACAAUAUUGUUGCACUGUUGCAAGGACCUACACUGAUGGCAACAAUGUACACUAUUUGGCAGUAUGAAAAAGAAUUAGGAGCAGGCUCAUGUGUGCGUGUGUGUGUGUGUGCGUGUGCUUUGUAUUGUAUUGUAUUGUAUUGUUGUCUAGAAGUAUUCCAAAGGCUAAGUGAAACUAACCAAGCCCAGUGAGCAUAGAGGGAAGCUGCAACUGAUUUUGGAGACCCAUUUGUCUGUGAAGAGUCAGUCUGUAGCGAUGUCAGUAAGUUAAUUCCAUUGAGGCUUUUUUGUAACUAUUAUUUUUAAUUUGAAAUAUUCUAGGUAUUUAUUGCAUCUUUACUUCUCUAGGGGCUCUCAGUUUUAAUUUGGUACUGAUUAAAUAAAAAGGACAAAAUACUUCAUUGUGGAGGGUUCCCCGCCACCAUUGCUGGUUGGUUGCCUCUUCGUUAGAACCUUCAUCGUUAGAAUCAUGUGGUCAUUUAGAGUGGAAGGUAGAUUCGCAACACAAAUAACACUUUUCUCUGUGGAGAGAUGGGAUUGCUUCUGUUGCCAGUCCCUCACUAAGACUCCUGAUGGAAGGGAUUGGUACUUUUGAGCAUGGAUAGUAUGUACUUCUUUGCAGGGCUUAGAGACAAAAUAUUAGAUUAUUUCCCGCGUCCAUCUGUUGAACGCACAGAUUAGGCAUAUGCUCAAUGUAAUCAUUUCCCCAAAUGCUUUCAGUCCACCCCUUUCAUUCCCUCAUUUGCAAUUUGAAGGAUUAUCUACACUUGAUCUUAGCCAAAAGGCCAAGAAACAAUUCAGACUUCACAGGGCUUCUUGUUGACAAGAUCCCAAUUUAAUUCUCCCACAUCUCCUUCCUUCAAAAAACAAAGCACUGUAUGAGUUCUCAGUGGCUGUCUGAAAUCCCUGUGUAAAAACAGGCAAAACUGGAAUCCAGCAAGCAUUUUCUUACUUCUUCUAUAUUGGCUUGUAGGGGAAUCAGUGCAUCUUUGCUGCACCAAUGAUACAGAGGAGGAGCAACCAGCGUCAAGCAGGAGUGCUGUGCCUCUCCAAACUGCUUUAGAAUCCAGUUUCUCUGCUGGGUUAUUUUACCAGCACUGGAGAGCAUAGAGACUGCACACACAUUCCAUAUUUAUGCUGGGAGUGAGUUGGCUAAGCCAUCCUCUGUGGACAAGCAGCUGGGUGACUGGUUUUAGUACUUAUUUUAAGGGGAAAUUCCUUUGAAAUCUGAAAUGUGAAAUGAAACAUUUCCAGAUCAGUCCUGUUCUAUUGUGUUUGCUUUCUUUUGUUUCCUUCUUUUUUUUUUUUCAUUUUUACAUUCCUUUGGUGAAAAAGCUCUGGAGUGUCCUUUCUUCUGUGGCUCUCCUGGAAUUAAACACAACUUAAAUACUG